CGUUGGGUGUUUCGAAAUAAAGCAAACAGUCAGUCGAGCUCUGGAGUUUCCCCAACGCACAAAAAAAAAACAGUCGCAUUAGAUUCCAAGCUGAAUUCUUGUUAAUGUUUCGUUUGUACGAGCUUUAUUCGCUGUAUUUAAAAAAAAUGGCCAGCUACGGAGCAUCGCCGACUUGGUGUCUCUGCGAGAAACUGCCGCGCUCUAUUCUACACAUUGCGCCCACUCCGGAGCUGUGGUGCGAGGUGUGCGGACGACGCCGGCGCCCGCGCGCCUGCAUAAGCUCUUCCAGCGAUGAGGAGGAAAAGGCGGCGGUGCGACAACAAAUGCUAGCGGAGCGUCGACGCUCCGAGGAGGGGCGCCAGGGCUCAGUCCGCGUGAAAGUGGCCAUGACCGCCAAGAAACCCAAGCCCAGGCGCAAGGCCAGCUGCAUGAAGUGCGGCGGGGAGCCAAAGCCUCCGCUGGCUGGGGCUGGCCCACAGCAGUCGAAAUCCAAGGGCACCAACCACAAGCUAUACGCGGGCCGCUUCGGGCAUUAUCGCAAGCCGCAGCGUUUGCAGUCCAAGCGCAAGGACGAAGAUUUCGCAAACGGACCAAUCAAUCAGAUUGAGAUUGAGCCGGUGCCAACAGCACCGCCGCCACCACCAUCACCGCCGCCAUCGCCGCCAGCUUAUGCCGCUAAGCCAAGCGAAUCGUUGUGGGAGCAGCCCAGCGAGGAUAUGCCCAAUCUGGUCGCAUUUGCGCACGAGGUAUUCAAUCGACCGCUGCAUCUGCGCAAGCGCCAGCCCAGCUUCUAUGACAAUCUCUUUGUCAGCGAUUUUAUCCCGCUGGACAAGCCCAUUACGGAUUCUGCUGGCGGCGCUAUCUCCAAGCGACGCCGACUUUUUGGACGUCCGCUGCGCUCGCAUUGCAGCCGCCCGCUGCCGCCGCUAUCCCAAGUUCUAUCCGAGAUUCUGGCGAAGCAGAAGGUGCGCGCUAAAGGUGGCGGCUUGGCGCCCAAGGAAGAAGAGCCCAACGGUAGCAAUGCGGCUACACAAUUCUCGCCGUUCGACAUCUAUGAGGGACCCUCGGAGGAUGCACUCGUUGUGGACAGCGCUCGUCUAGUGCUGCGCCAACCAAAAGCCUUACAUAUCAAGCAACGUGCAGAUCUGCCCCCCACUAGACUCUCCAGCUUCGAGUCCGAGCCAAGCAGCGACUGCUCCUCGUCGUCGCCCUUCGAUGUGCCCUCGGCGCCACCUGCAGACCGCCAGCGGCAUAGCUACAGUGUGGGCGCACCCUUGCGCCUUCACGAAAUGAUGAAGGCGGUGGCCCAUUCGGGUCUGUCCGAUAGCAGCGCGUCCAGCAGCAGCUCGAGCAGCAGCAGCCGCAAGAGCGCCAGCUCCACACUGCCCGUGCAUCAGCAGUCGGUGCGCAGUCGUGGCGGAGAGGAGCCGCCAUAUAUUGAGGAGAAGCCGGCUGAGCCCGAGCUGCUGCCCAUUUCAAUCAUAGAAAAGAUCUUGUGGCUAAUGGAACAGAAACCAGCCACUGAAAACGGUCCCACAAAUCCCUUGACAGACGACGCCUUGCAGCACAUCUCCCAAAUUGAAAAGCAGGACGAGCACAUCGAGAAUAGUCACUCAGAGUCGGUGAAAGGUCUGCUCCAGUUUAUGGAAAGCUUGCAUAUCACAGAUGCCGGCGAGAGCGACGAUAAUCGUUCAGAGAUCUUGAAUAACGAUGCAGAGCUCAAGAUUGUAGACACUUCCGUGCCAGAAUCACACCAACCAAAUGACAUGUCAAACGAAUUGCCUUUAAAUACUUCAAAUAAAUCAGCAGGUGAUGAAAAGUAUGUCAACGUUUUAUCAAAUGGCAAAAGACACAGCGUAGACAAGGGCUGUGCCCCGAACGGACGGGCACGUUUGUUGUCAAAGCCAUCCAGCUCGCAGUCCAGAUCCAGCGGCAGCACUUCGAUGUGGUCCAUAAUUAGUGGCCUGUUCACAUCAAAGCAAUCCAGCGGGAAACCAAAUGUUUCCUCAAGUCUUGACGAGGAAAUGAAACCCCUGAAAAGAGCACACAACUUGCACUAUGGAACCAUAAAUGCGCACAACACAAAUCCCACAAAGCCAUCAAAUCCAUUACAAUCAAAAGACAUCAAAGAAAGCAAGCAGAGCUGCCGGAAAUGUGGCCUGAAUCGAAGGAAAAGGAACGUGGCGAAUGCAAAUACACAGCGUAAGCCCUGCUGCAGGCUGCAUUCCUCUACAGAUUCUAAAAUAACCAGCACCAGUCCUUGUCAGACAACUCCGGGAACAAGCUCCACAAAGAUUGAGCUGAAAGCAAAAUUAGAGAAGCCCAGCAUAAAUAAGAAAUGUAGAAGCCAUAGAGAAGAGCUUAAGAAAUCGUUGGAUAGCUCAAAGCUUAAGGUGAAUGUCACAAAUGGAGCAGCAGAGUGUCCAACGCCAGCUCAAUCCGUAACCAAUAGUUCCACACAUUUCGAAUCGUGUUUCGGAAUUGCGAGUCCAUCAGUAAAACCAGCAGCACGGGUCGCAGAUCUAAAGCCUGGAACUGAUGUCAAAAAUAAUCUUCUCCGGGAACUGUUGCACAAGUUGAAGGCUAGCCAAAGGCAGAAGCCGCCAACCGUAUAUCAUGCUAUAAGGACCUUGGCAACAGUUCGACAUGCCAGCAGCGAGAUCAUCAAUCCCAAAAUGGUGGCCGUCGCUAGAGACGUGUCUUUCGCAUCCAACACUGGACAGAUGCAACAAUAUAUUGUAAGCCCGGCAACUGUGCCGGAAUCUACCUUGGGCAUAUACGAGUUUCGAACUCCAGACAUACAGGCCAUCCAACUGGCCAAAAGCAAUGCAAAUUUUAAGCAGGAAAACUUAGAAGAAAAGCCUACACCUAUCGCUCAUUCAGAAACGUGUCUGCAAACUGAUGAAUCCUCGCUGAACAGCAAGGUCCUUGGAAACAAAAAAAACCAUCCAGUAUGGCCGGCUCAUCCCUUCAGGCACAGAAAGGGACACAUCAAAUACAAAGCCAUGCAACUGGAACUGAGCUACAAAGUCAGUGAUGAAGAUAUGAGCAUUAAGAAUAGGCCACUAAAAGAAUGCGUGACCAAGGAAAACAAGACUUUAAGGAAUCGUAAGAGACGAAAGAAUAGUGAAAUGUGGAUAGUUAAUGAAAUGGUGCACCAGAAAAUAAACGAAAUGAUGACAAAGCCCAUAAAGCUGCUAAGUGUGAAUGAGACAAAAGCACUUCAAAGCUAAUUGAGCCAAAGACAUGCUCCUAACUCCUGCAAGAAAUCGAGUUGGGGAAACGAAAUAGUUAAGAGCAUGAAAAGUGGAGAGUGUCCUACCUUAUAUCGUAUAACAUAUAUCUGCCAACUCAAAAGUCUGUUUGCUUAAUUUUCCAGAACAUGUGCUUGCCACCAGGUGCACGGCCCAUCCGGGUGCACUAUCGCAAUCCUGCAGCAGCUUUGCUGAGUGCCUGUGCCAGUGUGAUUUUCUGGUUAAUAUAUUGCUUUGCACAUUGUCUUAUUUUGUUAGCCGGCGUAGCUGUCAUAUUUGGUUUACUCUUUCCCCGAUAUGCCUGGUACUUGCUGAAUCAUUCCUUGGAUCAGUACCAUAUAGAGCGUCAAUUUAAAGACGAGUUAUAAGCGAGUUGAAUAUAUUUUAAAA